AGCAUGUGGCCAGAAAGCACAGCAGAGCGCCAUGCAGACGAGCGCGGUGAUACUGGUAGUAACCUUGGGGCUAGCGGCGCUGACCAGCGGGCAGCAGUUGCCCUCACUUGGGGCACGUGACAUCUCACAGCUGCUCAAGGACUCUCAGCUCGUCAAGAGGGAGAUCGACUGCGUACUGCAACGAGCAGCUUGCGAUAGGCUGGGCAAGAGCCUCAUGAGGGCGAUUCCAGAGGUAAUAACCAACAAGUGCAGGAGGUGCACGCCCACACAGCUCGCUAAUGUAAACAAGCUGAAGGCCUUCCUCCACCAGAACUAUCCGGGUGUCUGGGAGCAAGUGGAGAGCAAGUAUAGUAAGGCUUGAUCGCACUCUGAAGACUGACUGAGUCACACAUUUAAUUUAUUUAUAAACAACAUUUUUAUGUCGACAAAUAAACUAAUUCUUUUCAAAAAU